CCAACACAUUGAACCUAUAGCAACAACUAGCAUGAAAGGUGUCAAGUCUUUUUAUGCUCAAUACUUUUAUGAAUCUCAACCUUGGGAGCUUAUUAUGGUCGUUCCAUUACCACUAACCUGGUUACCACACACUAGUACGUUUAUAUUUUUCAGACACGUUUAAAAAACACCUGGUUGUAAUUUUUUAGCCGUAUGUCCCUUAUCAGAAGACUCUCUGCCUCCGCCAUGCCAUCCCGUCCUAUUGUCAUUUCCGGUCCAUCUGGUACCGGUAAGUCUACCUUGUUAAAGAAGUUGUUUGCCGACUAUCCAGACAAGUUUGGGUUCUCCGUCUCGAACACCACCAGAGCCCCAAGAGCCGGCGAGGUUGAUGGUAAAGACUACAACUUUGUGUCUGUAGACGCCUUUAAGAAGUUGAUUGAUGAAUCUGCCUUCAUUGAGUGGGCCCAGUUUUCCGGUAACUACUACGGUACCACCAUCAAGGCUGUCCAGGAUGUUGCUGAGAAGCAGAAGCGUACCUGUAUCUUGGACAUUGAUAUGCAGGGGGUCAAGUCUGUGAAGAAGACAGACUUGAAUGCCAGAUUCUUGUUCUUAGCGCCUCCAUCCGUUGAAGAGUUGAGAGCCAGAUUGUCCGGCAGAGGUACCGAGACCGAAGAAUCUUUGAACAAGAGAUUGGACGCCGCUACCGCCGAGUUGGAGUACGCCAAGACCGGUGCUCACGACAAGACCGUCGUCAACGACGACUUGGAAAAGGCUUACGAGGAGUUGAGAGAGUUUGUCUUGACCGAGAACUAGAAAUAGACAUUGAUCAGUAAGGCAGCGUAGGGGAAUGUAAGAUAAAAACAGGUAUGUGAUAGGCGAGACUGGGAUGUUGGCCAUGGUUUUUUU